AUGGAGGACUUCAAAAAGUUGAGCUCUGAGGUUUUUAGACACAUUGGUAGGAGGAAAAGGCUUCUACCUCGACAUAUUGAUAAUGUCCAAGUUGCCUUAGACAGGAGAUUCUCUAGUUUUCUUCUGAAUCUAGAAAUGGAUUUGCAAAUCGAGUAUGAAAAGGCUCUAGAUGAAGAAGAAAGUCUCUGCCGUCAGAAGGUGAGAGUGGAUUGGCACAAUUUUGGUGAUCGUAACACUAAGUAUUUCCAUAAUAAGGCAGUUUGUAAGCGGUCUUUUAACAAGAUCUCAGCCUUGAAAGUGAAGGAUUCUUGGUGUUUUAAUGAUGAGACUUUGAAGAAGGAAGCUAUCAUUUAUUUUUCCUCUCUGUUUUCAUUGGAUGGUCAAGCCUAUGUUUUGUUUCCGUUGCAAGGUUACUUUUCAAAGUUGGAUCAAUAUUUUAUAGAUUCUUUAGCCAUGGAUGUUUAUGAUAUGGAAAUUUGUAAUGCGCUCUCUAGUAUAGGUUUGAAGGCCCCGGGGACAGAUGGGCUUCAUAUCAGAAUAAAUGAGAUAUAG